CCGAUCAGACACAGACGGUCAAACUACUCCUACAUACGGAAUCAGGUUAGCAAAAGUAUUUUUUCUAUUAUAUCAAUCUAGCUAUUUAGGGUUGGAAAACUAAUGUACGAAUUUCGUUUAGGUUGGUCUGCUUAGCAAUGUAUGCAGCACUAGUUGCUGACCCAGCAAGGUUUGGCUGUUGAGAUUUGAUGUUGGAGCCGCUAUUUGUUUUAGAGCUGAGUAACAUGGACACAAAUAAUCAAAGAUGAAGGGACUGUUUGUCAACCGUUGGACUAUGCGUGCCUCAGUGCGACUGAAGACGGGAUAUCACCGACAUGAACAUGGCGCAUAAAUAAGAUGCUAACCCCUCAGACUGGCCAGACUACAACAGCAGCUCACACAUACACGGUUCAUCAGUCACUUUGGAUUAUAACAGGGGUUCAAUGGAAGCUAAGGGAUGACAUCAAUAGCUCUUGGCGUGGCCCUCUGCCUAACAGGCUGGAUCACUCUGUACUCCCUACUGUGUAACACCAAUGGCAGCCGUGGCUCUGAGUGGAACUGCAGACUGGUCACACUGCUCCAUGGCAUUCUGGCUGUCUGUAUAACAGCAUACAUAGGUUGGGUGGACGGGCCUUGGCCCUUCACACAUCCAGGCACAAAAAAUACUCCCCUUCAGAUUAUCGCUUUGGUCAUCAGCCUGGGCUACUUCAUCUUCGACAUGGGCUGGUGUGUGUAUUUCCGCACGGAGGGCCCGGUAAUGCUGGCACACCACACCAUGAGCAUCUUGGGUAUCUUGCUGACCCUGAGCUUGGGGGAGUCGGGCAUCGAGUCAUGUGCCGUGCUGUUUGCCAGCGAGAUCACCAACCCCCUGCUGCAAGCUCGCUGGUUCCUGAGACAAAUGGGCCGCUAUGACAGCCUGGCCGGGGAAGCAGUGGACGUCCUGUUUGUAGUGCUAUUUGUGUUCAUGCGCAUAGUAGUUGGAGGGACUAUGUUGUGCUGUGAGCUCAUCUCUCCGCGGCCUAGGUUUAUUAUCAAGUGUGGGGGAGUUGCCAUGUACGUGCUGUCCUGGGUGUUCAUGGUGGACAUUGGCCGUUUUGCCUACCGCAAGAGUCAGUCCAAAUACAGACGCUUGAGAGACCAACGUAGAUUGGCAGCAGUUAAAGAAGAUGAUGGAAAAACAGACUGACAGAAGGACUUAUUUUCUGAAGAUUAACAGAAACAUCCAGUGUUUAUACUAAUGGACCUCCUUAACAAAUGAUUGUGCAUACUGUAAGCAACAGGUCCACAUCUUCCCUUUCGUAAGGCCAUGUAACAUGGGGAAUAGUCUUUGGUAUUCAGCUGACAGUUUUUUUGUUUUUUUUUAAACAAGGGCAAGAAAAAAUGUUGCAAAAGCAUCUUGGAAAAUGUACAACUGUAUAGCAAAACAAUUGUUGAGACAUGUUUUGUCUUUGAAACCAAACUGCCAAUACGAACAGAUGCACAGUAUUUCACAAGCUUACUGCAAUGAACUGCAACCUAAUAGUGUGUUCUUCUUACUUUUUAUCUAUUUGGAAACUGACACUUUUAAUAUGCAUCCAUUGAUUCCCUUCAUCCAUUCUCUAAUCAUCAAAGGUUGGGCUAUGUUCUUUUUCAGGUAAUGAAAUUAAAUCGGAAAUUAGUGUUUUCUUACUGAUGCAGUAUUUUGUUAUAGUAUGCAAUAGUUUUCCUGCAGAAAUUCUACUUUUCUAAAUAUUUUAUGUGUUGUUUAAUUUUAAACUCUGUAGUCCUUGUAUUGGCAACAUGGGCUUUCUAUCAUAUGCGAACACUAUGUAGAGGUGCUAAUUACUCUCAGCCUACUAACGGUAGACAGUCUUGCCAGUGUCUUUCUGCUUAGAAGCUAUUUAAAAUAUUCCAUUGAAUGUCCCAUGUCCAUUCCAUUUUGUUUUUACAAUGACGCUUAUGAAGAAUUGCUAAAAUUGCAGUCUUGUGUAUUGUGUUACUUAUGGAGUUCAUGACAUAACAUAAAACUCAGAAAACUUCUAUGUGUCUUAAAAUGACUGGGUUCCAUUUAGUGUAGUGUACAGCAAUGCUAUGCACCAAGACUUUUUCAUUUCAGCUCACAGCUACAAACAAUAACAAUCAGCAACACGUGUGGAACAUAAUAUAACUUUCUUUUAAGUGGCAUUCCACAGGUAGAUUAGGUGUGCAUUGGUCUUUGUACUGUAAAUUAGUUAAAGAUACCAAUAGGUAAACAAUGAUUUGUGCUAAAUGUUUGUGCACUCUAUUGCUUAAUGUUCAACCACGCUAGGUCACAUUUUUCAAUAUUGUAUGAUUUCAUUUAUAAAACUCACUACUUUUGUAGGACAUUUUUCAAUUGGAUAUGUGGAAUUGUAUUUUGACAUUUACCACCUUUGUGUCAAUGAUAAGGGAGAAUAAUACAAGUGUGCCUUUGUGAAUUUAUACAUGUUAAAAUGUAAUGUAUAUUUUGUUGUGUGUUGAUUAAAUACCAUGAACACUGAUCUUAUGUAAUAUCCAGUAAAAUAUUUCUAAACGUUUGCAUCCUA